AUGUUGGAUUGCUGUGUCAGCAGACUGUGCAUGCCGGAGUCGUGGUCGCGUCGCUCGACGCGCAGCACGGCGGGCGGCGUGGACUGCGCCGAGUGCGCCUCGCCGCGCGCGCCCCGCGCCCCGCCCCCCGCGCCGCCCGCGCCUCGCACACUACCCACGCAGGACUUUCCAUUCGGUACGCCACCAACUCUCCGGGAGUCAGAUCUGAACUCGAAGGAGAGUAAGAAGGAAGACGAGAAGACCUCGUCUGAUGAGGAGGCGUCUUCUGAGGAAGACGAGAAGGUGCCCAAGACGAAGAGCAGGACGACGACUUCAGACCACAGGGUACACGUGGAGUUUAAGAUAAGCAUAGGUUUACAAAUAAAAACUAAUCUACCUACAUAUAUCAAUAGCAAACGAUUGCGCAAGCGCGCCAAAAAGAAAGACCAAGAAGAGAAGAAAAACGAAGAUCCAGAGAAGAAAGAAGAGAAGCCAAUUUCGAAGGAAGAGAAUGCGGAUGAAGAUUGUAUCACUAUUAGUGACGAUGAAGAAGUGAGGGAACCUUCCAGAUUCACCGCACAGGCUGGUAUGGGUGCAAAUGAAUAUGUACCCAAAUACAGGUCGGUGCGCGCGCACUUCGGCCGAGACGAGGCGUGCUACAUCAUGGACGCCAAGGUGCAGGGCAACAUCGGACGGUACCUCAACCAUUCCUGCUCGCCCAACGUUUUCGUGCAGAACGUGUUCGUGGACACGCACGACCCGCGGUUCCCGUGGGUGGCGUUCUUCGCGCUGAGCCACAUCCGCGCCGGCACCGAGCUCACCUGGAACUACAACUACGACGUGGGCUCCGUGCCCGGAAAGGUCCUGUAUUGUUACUGCGGAGCACCCAAUUGUCGCAGACGGCUUUUGUAAAGGGCCUUUGAAGUGGAAGACAUCGUGCAGAGCCAGGAUACGUGGAUACAAUGGCUAUUAAGCAAACAUUUAUAAAAUUGGCACAAGUAAGAAAAGGGCAAGGCGAAGAUGGGCGACGGAGUUAGUUAAUGUUUUUAUCGAAUACUAGUUAAAUUUGUACAAAUACAAUAUGUAUUAUUCGUAAGUUAAAAUGUCAGCCACCACAAUGAUAUUGAGCAAUGCUGGUCUGUAUUUAGCUAAUAUUAGUACAAAUAAAAGAAGCUUGUUACUAUCACUGCUUUGUUACGCGUUAUAUGAACGCGACGGUGUUUGUACGCUAACUUACUUAAGUAGUAUGAAAUCACAUGUUCAUUUGCAAUAUGUGCAAAAC